AUGGCUUCAUCAAAGGCCGCCAUAUCCAGGAUAAUGUGCUCAUUUGUCAUGAACUUCUGCACAAAAUCAAGAACACAAGAAGGGGUCAUGUUCUGUGUUGAGAACACUCAAAUGGGAAUCCUUCUUAAUGGCUCUCCUCUCCCUUUCUUCAAGCCGUCUAGAGGCCUAAGACAAGGAGACCCCCUCUCCUCUUAUCUUUUUGUCCUAUGUGCUGAAGUUCUAUCCUCUAAACUAGCCAUUGCUCUUCAUGAGAGAAGCAUUCAUGGUCUUCAAAUCAACAAGGGUGGUGGGAGCAUUUUUCAUAUGGCUUUUGCAAAUGACCUGAUUCUUUUUGGAGAAGCUUCUAUGUCUGAGGCGAGAGCUCUCAAUGAAGUUCUAGAAAAUUAUUGCAAGUUUUCGGGCCAAGCCAUCAAUCUCAAUAAGACAAGAGCUCAGUUCAGCCCUAAUGUCAAUUCAUCAACUAAGAGACUCUUAAGGGAAUUCUUUCAGAUUACUCCUACAGCUUCUCUUGAUGCGUACUUGGGAAUUCCAUAUACCAGUGGAAAAUUAUCAAAAAGUCAAUGCUCCGAUCUAAUCUCAAGAGUCUCUAACAAACUGCAACAUUGA